CGCAGUCGUUCCAGAGUCACUCGGAUUAAGCUCGGCACAUUGUCUCUUUUAAGUAAACCGAGGAUUUUCACAGAGCCACGCAGACUUGAUAAUGAACUGGCAGUGGAGUGACAUAUAUUCCCAUCCGAUAUGGAUGGUUUCAGCGGCGAUUCUGGCCAUAAUUGUACGCGCGCAGCGGAAAGCAUCGUGGAACCCGCGCGCUUGUCCUGUUAAGUUAGAAGGCAAAACUGCGAUUGUGACUGGAGCCAACACGGGUAUUGGGAAGUUCAUCGCCCUGGACUUUGCCCGUCGUGGGGCACGGGUGAUCCUGGCGUGCCGGAGUGAGGCUCGUGGGACUGCAGCGCUGCAAGAAAUCAGAGAAAGUACUGGAAACCAGAACGUACAUCUGCGUCUGCUUGACACCUCGUCACUCGACUCUGUGCGGAAGUUUGCAGCAGAGAUCUUGGAGGAAGAGAAGGCAUUACAUAUCCUGGUCAAUAACGCAGGGGCGUCAGGCCUACCAGGUAAGAUCACUGCAGAUAGGCUGGAAAUCACUUUUGCAACCAACCAUGUUGGGCCGUUUCUGCUCACCAGUUUGCUUUUAGACCUUUUGAAGAAAUCCGCUCCAGCUCGUAUAGUAAAUGUAUCGUCUAUGAAUCACUGGAAAGGUGAGGUAAACUUUGAUCAUUUCCGCGGUCACAAUCUAAAGCAUGUGAUGGAUGCUGCAUAUAACCACACCAAGCUGCACAACGUCAUCUGGACCAACGAGUCAGCACGCAGGCUUCAGGGCACAGGUGUGACUGCAAACUCUCUGCAUCCAGGUGUAGUUCUGACCGACGUAAUGAGAAAUUACAACUUCAUUAUCCGAUUCCUCUUUAACUUGGUUGGCUUUUUCUUCUUCAAAACUGCUGAAGAAGGGGCUUUCAGUACAAUAUACUGUGCAGUGUCUGAAGAAGCAGAAGGAAUAACAGGAAAAUACUUUGACCGUGACUGUUCCCUGGUCUUACCAGCACCUUCUGCCAGAGAUCCUGCUCUUGGGGAGAAGGAAUAUGAGUUUUGUGAGAGGCUGACUGCCAAACCUUAAAGAGACAGUUCAAUUCUUGAUUUAUUCACCCUCGUCCCAAACUUGUGAUUUAAAUCUUUGCAGCUCUAAAAACAGACCAAACUUGCAUAAAAGCUGUCCAUAUGACCGCUGCAUUCCAAGUCUUUUGAAGAUUUAUGUGACGCCGACUUAGAUACAAUUUUGGCCAUUACUAAUUGUUUCAUAAGCUCCAUCAGUAACUGGUUGUUCUUACGCUGUUUUUUUAGAGCAGAAAAUACUGUUCAAAACCUCUUCGAAUGAAGAACAAACCCAUUCUUUUCAUUAUUGCUCUUUUACAUAGAGUUCUGUUUUUGAUAUUGCCUUCUGAGAUGUAGUAGUUCUUUUCUCAAACUUAUCAAUAAGAAAAGAAUGAGGGCUCUUAUUUUAUAAGAUUAUUGUAUUUUUAAGCAAAUAAAUGCGGUCUGGGUGAGCAUAAGAGACUUUUGCAGUGUACAUUGCAAGAUCUUAAAGGCAUUAGUGGAAUAAAAUAUAAAGCAUGAUUUUACCAUAACCAUAUUAAAUGAUAUUUAUUAAUCUAGUUUUACAGGAAAUAAAGUAAUUCAGAGGCAAAUUCAAGUCUAAAAAUGAAUUUAGCAUGUCGAUAAACAGUUUAAACCAGACUUACCUAUAUAUGAUGGGAAACUGAAAUGGCAUGCACUUUCAUUUUAUUGAGUUUGUGGUUUUUACAUUCACAGAAAAAACAUUUGGGCUUGUCACAAGUGUUGAAUCAUCAGUCUGCACUUGUCAUUGAAUGCAGAUAAAAAUGCCGGUUUUAUUUCACUGUCAAAACCGAGCACAAACAUUAGAGCGGUCUGUAUGUACAGUAUAUAUGAAAUACAAAAAGAGACUUUACUGUAUGGAUGAAAACGCUCCUUACCGGUCUCUGGCUCUUCUAUGAUGCUCUGCAGCAUCUUCCCAAAAG